GGUCUUUCCAGUCGUUAGGCGCUUUUCCCUAUAUUGUAGAAAAUGAAUUAUUUAUCCGAAAAUUUAGUCAUAUUCAGUAUGUGCUCAAGUGUACGAAAUUCUCUAGUGACGCUAAUGAUGAUUUUCGUUUAUUCAUUGUUAAUAUUGACUACGAAAUUUGGUAUAAAUAUGAAUUCAAAUCGAUGGUUUAGCUCAAACGUUCGUUUUUCGCUUAUCUUCCGUGUAACAGUGUUUCUCGAGAAAAGUUAAAAGAAAAACUAACAAUGAAAGUGGUUCUGUUCCUUUUAAGUUGCUGUUUGCAACAAAUGUUUGCCAACGCAUCUCUAGCUGCAUUCUUGGGCUUGAACCUCGGCCCUGAAUGUAUGACAUUAACGGAAAUUUACAAAGCUACAGAGUAUAUGUGUAGUCCCGACCAGCGCAAAAAUACAGACCUGUGGAAUGCUGUCAUCGACUGCCACAGACCGAUGGAUGAUGAUUUCAUGAAAGCCAGUGGUGAGGCACAAUGCCCAAUACCGAAAUACGUCUUAGAACCGAACAAUACUCAAUCCAUCAAUGACGUUUUCUUUAAUAUCUGCGGUCUAGUAGACGGAAGUUGGUGGGAAUUCGCUAAGACUGGUUAUUGUGUGAUUGCUGGACAAAGUGAACCAUACAUUAUGUCGCACAGUGAGGAGGUACGAAGAGUAAAAGAAACAUGGGGUGAAGGAGUACCAUGCGCAGUUGGGGAAUGCGUUAAGGCUCUUAACAUACCGUCGUUGGAAUGAGUUGUGUUGAUAGAAAAAUUGUGUUCUCAUUUUUUGAUAUACUGAAUAAAGUCGUUGUGACGAAA